AUUCAUGCGACAUUGCUCACUUCUUUCUCGGAAGUCAAAACAGUAGGGCGGUUUGGUGAGAAGCAGAGCAAAUCAUGUCCGGCAGUUUUUACUUCGUCAUGGUUGGUCAUCAUGACAACCCGGUGUUCGAGAUGGAGUUCUUACCGUCCGGGAAGCCUGAAUCUAAGGAUGACCACCGUCACUUAAACCAGUUUAUUGCACACGCAGCUCUGGACCUGGUGGAUGAGAACAUGUGGCUGUCAAACAACAUGUACCUAAAGACUGUGGACAAGUUCAACGAAUGGUUUGUUUCCGCGUUUGUCACUGCGAGUCAUAUAAGAUUCAUCAUGCUUCACGAUGUGCGGCAAGAAGACGGAAUCAAGAACUUUUUUAACGAUGUGUAUGAUUUAUACAUUAAGUUUGCCAUGAAUCCAUUCUACGAGACCAACGCACCGAUCCGCUCCACAGCUUUUGAAAGAAAAGUGCAGUUUCUUGGGAAGAAGCACCUCCUGAAUUAAUUGUCAUGAUUUGGAAAAUGAAUGUAAGUUUGCAGUCUCUAACUGUUUUUAGUGUGAAUGCUUAAAUGUAUAUCUUUGUAAAUUAUCUUUCUGAUUGUUUUGCAUUUUGUUAUCAGGUAUGACUCCACAUCAAGUAAGAUAUCAGUGUUUCUCCAUGUAUGCAUAGGUUUUCUUAACAUAAUUAAUAACUUAAUUCAGUGGUUCUGAAUGAUUUUGUUAUGCCCCCCUGUAUGGGGUGCCAAAUGGAAACAUUUAAUCACUUCAGUUUAGGUAUGUACUUGGUAGCGUUGGCUUACUUUUCUCACAUUAAACUACUUUUCUUCACAUUUGAGGCAGUGGGUCGUGGGUCUAUGCCUGACUAAAAUAACAUACAUAUACAUGGGAUAGGCUCCAGAGACAGUAACCCUAAAAAGUACACGUGGCAUAGAAAAUGAAUGUUCAUAAAGGCUAUAAACAUAACCAAAGAGAUUCCCAGGUGCUUUAUUCAUUGUUGGCAUAUUAAUAAUAUAAACAGGAAAUGCAA